CUCAGGCAAGUGUAAACGACGGAGGUGUUGGUGCAGUCGUUAAUAAGUUCUGUGCCUCACAAGACACCUUUUGUCCACAAGAAGUUGUUAUAUUCCUACGUUGUCCCUUCUACAAGCUCUGUCAAUCUGUCCUGAAGCCAUCGAGUCCGCCCAGAGGCGUGCGCCGACAUGCUUGCGCCUGCGGUCCCAGAGAUCAUCGAAGAUGACGAAAUUGGACUGGCAGUAGACGCUCGAACAGAAAGCUUACCUGCCCUGCGCGAACUGGGACCUCCUGAUCUUGUACAUCUUGUCAAGCAGAGUGUGAAAGCCGGCGCAAAACAGACCGGCGUGUAUCACCAUGUCACCGGAGUCGACGCCUCUUCUUCCGCAAGCCUCGCAGCCUAUGUCAACACACUGACCUUUAAUCCGUCGGACAAAACACACAAGGUGGUUUCAGGGUUGUACUGCUGCUACAAUGCGUUCUCACACCUGGAUAUGAGAGUGGAGGUCAAGAUUCCGGGCAGUGUGGAGAGCUACUGUGUGGAUGAAAGAGGAGACAGGCGAGUCGCGACGGACAGUCUCUGGUUGGAGACGUUCCUGUGCGCAGUCCUACGAGCCUACUCUUACUCGGAUGACGGCAGUGGAGACACGAUAAAGAAGAUCAUCGGCGUGAGGAGAUUCAAUCCUGUCACAAGCACAGAGCAGGAACACCGUUUCUUCGAAGCUGCGGAGAGCUUGUUUUUCAGCGGACGACAGCUGGGCUCAGAUCCGGAGAUCCAAAUCCCCAAUGUCGUGACGAAUCACCUCACCGCAGGCCUCUUGAAAUACAUCAAGACUACCGGACGACAUGCUUCGGGGGUCAAUCUCUUCGAGAAAUUGCGGACAAAGGAUGUGGAAGUAUCCUCCCUCCUCGCUCGGGUGCUCCUGGAAGGCGACGAAGAAAUUCAGGCUGUUCGGCUGCUGCAUGAUUCAUUGCAAGAUGUCCCUAUGGAUUAUGCACUCCUUGACUGCCAGGCAGCUUUCUGCCAGAGCAAGGGGGAAGGUGAGAUGGCUCUUGAGCUGGCCAAGCAAGGUGUCACGGCUGCCCCCAGCGAGUUCAGUACAUGGGCUCGUUUGGCUGAAGUUUAUGUCGAUCUCGAGCAAUGGGACCUGGCUCUUCUGACGCUCAAUUCUUGCCCGAUGUUCUCAUAUCAAGACAAGGACUCACCUAGAAUGCCCGAACCUAGUCGUGUCCUCCUCCCUAUUCUGCCAGAAAGCGCGCUGGACGAGAUUGAUGAGGGGCAACCCAGACAAGGCGAGCCUUUCGAUCAGGUUCACGUAUCAUUGCGGAAGCUACAGGCUGCCACUUACCAAGGGACAUUCCUGAAAGCUUAUAGCUUGCUUACCAGAAUUGCCGCCUCCAUAGGAUGGGAUGCCCUGCUGAAGACACGGAGCCAUGUUUUUGUCAUGGAGGAAGAAUAUCGGUCCGAAAGGCAUCAUCCAGUCACACCCAAAGCCCCGUCGAGCAAGAAUGCUAGCACGGUCGCGUUGUCUGGGACACCCAAUGGACACACAAACCCUGCCAAUGCUGAAGAAUCCGGAGGGGACGAGUCAGAUGACGGGUCAGCCGUGGAUGACGACAAAACCCUUGCUGAGGGCCCGAAUGGUUCUUCAGUCAAUGGCAGCUCAAAAGAGAAUGCUGAGAUAAAAGCAGACCAGUCCAUGGAGAAGCCUGUGCCGACAGUCGCAGCAGAAGAAGUCAAAUCAGGCAGCGAGGACGCCGAUGCCUCCCACUCACAUUAUCCCGGCUUCCAGAACAAACGCCUCUGUGAACGAUGGCUUGACAAUUUGUUCAUGGUUCUAUAUGAAGAUCUUCGGAUCUAUACCAUCUGGCGAACUGAAAUGGGACAAUACCGCCAGCAACAAAUGCAGUACAAGAAAUCAGCCGCGGAAUGGGAGAUUUUGGGGGACCUUGCGGAACGACUGCACCACACGAACGAAGCACUAGAGGCUUACCAACAAUGUCUGAACAUCAGAUUUUCGCCCAAAUCGAUGAGGGGUAUUCUUCGUAUGUACGAGAAGAAGGGCGACACGAGGAAUGUACUCGCAUGCUUGAUCCGCCUAAUCACCUGGCAAUAUAGGUGGUACUCAGAGUUCUCGCCCGAGCUUUUCUACUCGAUACGAAAGUUGAUCGAAGAAGAAGGUGCCGUCAAAGUCCGCAGCAUCGUUCAGUCGACAAAUUUACCACAGCAUGUACUUGAUCUCACCCACGGGUACUGUCAGCUCUGUGUUGCGUUCAGAAGUAGUGGGACCGAGGGAUAAGCAGCAACAGAUGAGAGCAAGCGGAAUACAUACUUUGGCAGGGUGAUAUGGGCUGGAUCCGCGUUAUGUUUGAGACUAGGGUCUUCGAGCGAUGGCGUUCCUCUAUUGACGAGACAAGAUAAUUGUGGUAAAAGUACCCUGGGUCCCCCUUAGAAACGCUCAAUAGAGCCUGAAUGAUUUCAACAACGAUUCCAUACCUGG